CUGCCCCAUCAUCAAAACGCCAAUCUACCGUCGUCGCCGUCGCCGUCGUCGCGGGCAAGAUGCCGAGAACCGAGCACGCGUUUGAGCGGCGUGCGGCGGGAGCAGCCGCAACGGGCCUGUCAGCACGCUCCAGCGCCUUGGCGAUGUGUAGCGGCGACAGCUUUGCUGCCGCGAUGCGCUCCAACGGCAGCAGCAGAAGACUACGGUCCCCCCUCCUCUCUCGCAACUCUUUCUUCGUCGCCAUGGUAGCAAUUUCCACCCAUCCAGAAUCCACGCGGUGCACGUGCACAUGGCUUUUGUGUUUUCCCACGAGUCUUGGUCAUGUGAAGUUGCAGGGAAGGAAGGAGUCUUUCGAUGGAAUUCGAUUGCAUCUUCCCGCACACCCCCAAAUCUUGAACUGAGUAGGUUGCUAGGAAUUGAAAUAUCUUUGGUUUCCUCUUGACCUGUUGCAUAGUGAUAGUGCCCUAUGGAUGGUCAAUGCCCGAUUUACAAAUUAGAGUGCUCACACGUCAGGCAGUUUGUAGUAUGUACACAACCUGGAGGCUGCACAUACUGAAAUUGGAAUAUUGGGGUUACCUGGUACCACCACCAGGCACCAGUACCCCCCACAAUUGGUCAUCACAUUCACACCUAACCUUUACACCUGUGUGGAUGAAUUGCAUGACAUAGUCUUGUCCCAGAUCAAGGAAGUCCAUCCAUCUUUACCAGUGUUGUAAUGUUGUUGAUGUAUGUCCCCAUCACAAUGACCAAGACAAACUGACGGUUGAAUGGUUGAUGCUGAUGUGUUUGGUUCUAGUGAACAACAAUAUGGUCAAAUCAAUCAAAAUAAUUAUCUGGCAAGAAGUCCUUCCAUGAGAGGUUAGCUGCGGUGAAGACCAAGAGUAUCCAGGAAACCUCCACAGACCCAUUGAUAGGCUAUUUGCUAUAAAACAGGGUGUUUUCUUGUCUCUCAUCUCAUGGGUUUAGGGAAGGGAAUUGCAAUUGCUACCAUGCAGCUGGUAUUGAUAUGGAGCAUAACAUCCACCGUCAUGUUGAUCGCAUCUGGAGCUCAUCCUCCCUCUGCUGAUAGUCUCGCGCACUGCCCCAAAACCUGUGGCGAUGUGAGCAUCCAAUAUCCCUUUGGCAUCGGGCCUGGCUGCUUCCGACAGGGAUUCGAGGUAACUUGCAAUAGGACCACCAAACCUUGGAAGCUCUUCUUGGGCAACACCAUCACUCAGGUGACCGGCCUCUAUCCUUCAGGAACUGUCCUUGCCUCUUUUGUGUACACCAUCCCCAUGGCACCAGGCGUCGGCACCUACAACCUGUCAUGGCAAUCUCCAGGGUGGAAUCUCAAUAUCGAGUCUUAUAAUUACUUUGCGUUCCUUGGUUGUGGAAUUGGGGUCUACCUGUUCCACCCAGACACCGGUGACCUCGUAGGCCAUUGCACAAUCAAGUGUUCCUCCAUGGCGGCUAUGCUCAUAGCAACACAAGGAGGUAGCUGCAAUGGCAUGGGUUGCUGCACCGUCACAUUCCCUGUGCCGUUUCGAGGAUUUAGAGUGACUGUCAUUAAAGGCAAUGAUACAGUACCACAACCCUUCAAUGAUAUCACUGUCAAGGCUUUCUUAAGCUUCCGUCCAUAUAAGUUCAGUAUUAUGGAUCUUUUGUCUGAUAAAAUAAAUGCAACUACCAUUGGUGCUUUGUCAGCAUACCUCUCAACAGUCAUUGCAGAUGAACCCAAUUGUAAGAGUGCACAAUUGAAUAAUAAGACGCGGUAUGCAUGCAGCAGUAGCAAUUGCAUAGAUGUACAAAACGAAGGAUACUCUUGUGCUUGCUCCGGAAACUUUGAUGGUGGCAAUCCUUACCUUCUUGAUGAUUGCAAACAAGAGUAUAACCCAACGCCAAAGACGAACUGUUCUCUAUCAUGUGGCAAGACAUAUAUUCCUUUCCCUUUUGGGCUGGAGCCAGGGUGUUUUGCUAAAAGGAGAUUUCAACUGAAUUGUGCAUCCAACCGCACUCUUAUUGCAAGACCACCUGCAAAAUAUGAAGUGACAAAUAUUUCAUUAGAUGAAGGACUCAUGUAUGUCAAUAAGCUUUCAGAAUCUGAAGAUGCCAACACAAAUUAUCUAUCAAUAUACUAUGGUGGUUCUGAUUACUUUGGCCAGCAGUUAAUUUAUGGUUUGGGGCAAUCUGGCUUAUCUGAAGAGUAUGGUGCUUGGAGCUGGUCAAUAACCAAUUCGACAUGUGAAAGUGCAAAACAAAACAGUACUUAUGCAUGCCUCAGCACGAACAGCGAGUGCGUUGGUGUUACACAUGAGACGAUCUAUAUUGGUUAUCGUUGCAAGUGUUCUCCUGGAUUUGAAGGAAAUCCUUAUGUUCAAAAUGGAUGUGCAGAUAUUGAUGAGUGCUUGAUACCAAACUAUUGUAAUGGGACAUGCUAUAACUUUCAAGGAAGCUAUAGUUGUUGCCCUCAUGGUAUGUCGUUUGAUCCAGUACAAAGGCAGUGCACUUCUAGUAAGGGGCAAAAUAUUCUUUUGGGGAUUUCUGUUGGAAUUAGCAGUGGCUUUGGAGUUCUACUUCUUACAUUGACUGCAAUCAUGUCAGUCAAAAGGUGGAAGAGAGGCAUGCAAAAGAAAAUCCGAAGGGCGUACUUCCGGAAAAACAAAGGUCUACUCUUGGAGCAGCUGAUCUCGUCCAGUGAAAGUGUUACACAUAACACAAGAAUAUUUUCAAUGGAGUUAGAGAAAGCAACCAACAACUUUGACUCAACACGAAUCAUCGGACAUGGAGGUCAUGGCACAGUUUACAAGGGUAUUUUAUCUGAUCAACGGGUAGUCGCCAUUAAAAGGUCCAAAAUUAUGGAGCAAAGUGAGAUUGAUCAAUUUGUUAAUGAGGUGGCGAUCCUAUCCCAGAUAAUUCAUCGCAAUGUGGUGAAACUUUUUGGUUGUUGCCUUGAAUCCGAGGUGCCUCUUCUCGUGUAUGAAUUCAUCUCCAAUGGCACACUUCAUGAUCUUCUUCAUGGCGAUCUGGGUGCCAAAUGCUUGUUAACAUGGGACGAUCGUAUCAGGAUUGCUCUAGAGGCUGCAGGGGCACUAUCUUACCUCCAUUCUUCUGCCGCUAUACCAAUCUUUCAUAGAGAUGUGAAAUCAACUAACAUACUCUUGGAUGAUGCCUUCACUGCAAAGGUUUCAGACUUUGGUGCUUCCAGAUCCAUUUCGAUUGAUCAGACUCGUGUGGUUACAGCUGUGCAGGGGACAUUUGGGUACAUAGAUCCAGAAUAUUACUAUACAGGCCAAUUAACUGAAAAGAGUGAUGUUUAUAGUUUUGGCGUGACACUUGUUGAGCUCCUAACAAGGAAAAAGUCAAUUUUCCUCAACUGCGUUGGUGAAAAACAGAACUUGUGUCAUUAUUUCCUUCAAUCACUUAGAGAUAAAACUAUUAUGGAUAUGGUGGAUCCUCAAGUUGUCGAGGAAGCCAACCAAAGUGAAAUUGAUGAGAUUGCCUUGGUUGCGGAGAUGUGUUUAAGGUCUAAAGGAGAAAACAGACCUAAAAUGAAAGAGGUGGAGUUAAGAUUGCAACUCCUGAGAGCUAAAAUAUCUAGAACACACAAAGAGGAGUCAAAAAGAGGCAGAGACAAUCCGCAGUCAUUAUCCUCAGAAUAUAAAUCUACUUCCCCGACCAUGACCAGGAGAGCUGAAAUUGGCUUUGUUGCUAAUCUAUCAUCUCAGGCUAUCUCCAGGUGCCACACUAUGGAGCAAGAAAUGAUAUAUUCUGCAGAAUUUCCUCGUUGACCUCGUGUUUUGGUAUUCAAUAUACCAAGUCCAUGUAAACUGCAGCACUGCAUGUUCAAUAUACCAAGUCCAUGUAGUUAGUGAGUUGGUUGAAGAAUGAAUAAAGUUACCACACAAUUACUCUCAGUUUCUGUAAGUGGGUUUUCAAAUGCAUUGCUAAGCUUUGCUGGGUUUCUUAUAUAGGAGUAACCUGGAUUUGCA